AUUCGUAUUGUACAAAGGUUUUGGGACAGUGCCAAAUAGCAACAAAAAUGGCAACUAUAUUAAUAUCUUUCUAUAUUAUAAUAUCCUCCGAGGAUUAUUCUCUUCCCUACAAUCUCUCUAACUAAUCCCACACAAACAUUUUCUUUUCCUUAACCUUUUUACAAAAUUUGUCUCAAACCAGCUACGCGCAAACAAACAACAGAUCAAGGAAUUAUGGCUCCAACUCUUUCACCUCCUUUUGCUGCUUGAGACAACCUUGAUUUCUCCUACAUUAACAUAAAAGGAGACAGGAUGGCCUUUGGAAAAUCACCACUCCAUGGCCUCCUGUCUUUCCUCCUUCUCUUCUUCUCCCCUUCUCUCUACCAUCGUCAUGUUUCCGCUGCAGUCACCGUCACAACAACCUCCAUCCAUCUUGAUGUCGUACGAAAGCCUUCCCUCGAUGCCCCUAUAUUUAGAGAAGCCCCUGCUUUUCGCAACGGCAAUACAUGCAACAAAGAAAGCAUUCACAUUUCCAUGACAUUGGACUCAAAUUAUCUCAGAGGGACCAUGGCUGCUGUCCUCUCCAUAUUGCAACAUUCAACUUGUCCUGAAAAUGUUGAGUUUCAUUUCCUUUGGGCAAGGUUUGAGCCUCAGGUUUUUCUAAUCAUAAGAUCAACCUUCCCUUACCUCAAAUUUAAGAUUUAUCGCUUUGAAUCCAAUAGGGUACACGGAAAAAUAUCGAAAUCGAUUCGUCAAGCAUUGGAUCAGCCUCUUAACUAUGCAAGAAUCUACCUUUCUGAUAUUCUUCCUCUUUAUGUCAAGCGAGUUAUAUACCUUGAUUCUGAUAUUGUUGUUGUUGAUGACGUUGGCAAGCUAUGGGAGGUUGACUUGCAGGGCAAGGUAUUGGCUGCACCUGAAUAUUGCCAUGCAAAUUUCAGUGAGUAUUUCACAGAUUUGUUCUGGAAAGACGCCGAGUUAGCUCGUACGUUUGAGGGUCGGAAACCUUGUUAUUUUAACACAGGGGUGAUGGUAAUGGAUGUGGAGAAAUGGAGGGAAGGAGGGUAUACGCAGAAGGUGGAGCAUUGGAUGAGAGUGCAGAAGCAGAAGAGGAUAUAUCAUUUAGGAUCUUUGCCACCUUUUCUUUUGGUUUUGGCUGGGGAUUUGAAGAGUGUGGAUCAUAGGUGGAAUCAACACGGACUUGGAGGUGAUAAUCUUGAAGGAAAAUGUAGGAAUUUGCAUCCUGGUCCUAUUAGUUUGCUUCAUUGGAGUGGCAAAGGAAAGCCUUGGUUGAGGUUGGAUUCAAGGAGACCUUGUUCUGUUGAUCACCUAUGGGCACCUUAUGAUCUCUAUGGUCCAAACACUCAUUCUUUGGAAGAAUGA